AUGGAAGCAAAGAAUAGAAAGAAAGGACAGCCUGAGAUUGUACAAGAUGAAAGAGAUGCCAAAUACAUGGAGAAUGAGGGAGAGGAGGAGGUUGCUGAGAAUGGAGGCUGGAAGAGUUACUCAUUCCUUAGUGAAGAACCAGUCCGUAAACACCUGAAAAAUGUUUACGCAACAGUCACCAUUACAUCCAUCUGUGCUGCUGCUGGUGGCUUUGCACAUCUCUACAGCUCCAUUAUUGGAGCUGGCCUCCUGACUGGCAUUGGCUCACUUGUGUUGAUGCUGAUGCUUUUGGGCACCCCUCAGUCUCCUAAGAACACGCCUCUCCGUCUUGCCUACCUUGCUGGCUUUGGCUUCCUCUCAGGCACAAACUUGGGCCCUCUACUGCAAAUGGCCAUCAUUGUUGAGCCCACAAUUAUAAUGGAGGCUCUGCUGGGCACAGCAAUUGUUUUCGCCUGCUUCAGCUUGGCCGCCCUGUACUCACCACGUGGCAAAUACCUCUACCUCGGGGGCACGCUCAUUUCCAUCCUCUCGACGCUCUUCUUUCUCUCCCUCGUCAACCUCUUCUUCUCGUCCAGGCUCUUAUUCCAGGCCAACUUGUACAUCGGUCUGGCAGUGAUGUGUGGCUUUGUUGUAUACGACACUCAACUCAUCAUCGAAAAGAAGAGGCUUGGAAACGAUGACUUCAUCAUGCACGGAAUGGAACUUUUCAUUGAUUUUAUGGCCAUUUUCAAGCGAAUCCUGGUCAUCCUCACUGAUAAGGAGGCUCAGAACAAGCGCAACAGGCGUCGCAACUAAUGCCGUCUCUGCUUUGCUGCCUGCAGCCGAUUACUAAGGUGAUCAGCUUAUGUAGCGUCACUGCAAUCAAUGUCUUAGUUUAAGAGUCAGGUAGUCUAUGGAGAGUUUUCUAAUUGAUUUAAGUUGAUGACUUUCUUUCAUCAAAUAUUUACGAGUGUUACCUAUUGUUGCUUUAUUCUGUUGACGAAAUUUUUCUACCACCAAGGAACAUCUUCCAUUUCAUUGCCGUUCUGGGACAUGAUUAGGCAUAGGCUUUUCAUUGAUGACUUUCUUUUCUUCGGUUAUUUCAAUUUUAUUAGUUUUUAGUUGAAUGCUGAGGGGUUUUUCUUGGCACAGAAUGUAAUGUUGAGCGUCACGUUAAUGUUGGGUGUUGUCACUGGAAAUGUGUACCUUUCAUCGAUAAACAAAGUUUUAGUGAAAUAUAUUAAGCCUACUGUUAGUUCCCUGUGUCCAAUAUGAUCGCUCAAUUCGAGCUAUCAGCUCUGAGUUGUGCUCAAUGUUUCACUUUUAGCCGAGUGGAGGAUAGUGUACUUGCCCAGCCAAAUUACGGCGAGAGAAACAUCAACUUUGAUGGGACUCUGGCUACCCAACCUUCAUUCCGUCGUACACACCAAGGAUGAAUAAAUUUUCUGUGCUGUUUUAAAGGAUUUGUGAUAGUUCUUAUGUGAAAUAGUGCCCAUGAAAUUGGCGCAGCAUAGUGGAAUGUUUAUUACACGGGUUUUCCGCAUUCUUCAAUGUAUAUUUUCCUUUAUGUUGUUAAUUGCUUUAUCCCUUAGCUAGUUUGCUAUAUGAUUAAACGAGGUGACGAAGUUUGAGCUCACUCGGUAUUUUUAUAACAAGUCUCCUUUUUAAGCUGACGCUCUCGUUCUCUCCUGAGCCUCCUUAAUUUGCCUCUCACAGCUUCAAAUCUGUUGAAAAUAAAUCGUUUCUUUUACUCCGUCUGUGCUCCAUUAUUUUUUGAUUGUUUCUUUAAUCAUUUCAGGAUUGUAGAAUAUCCUUUUUGGUUUAAACUAUAAUAUCGGCCACAACCUUCUUCUCCUGUGUGUUUCUUUACUCAAAUGUCAUCAAUAGAAAUUUUAAAUGCUUUACCUACCGCUAUUACAUUGUUCUUCCCAUCACCUGGUGUUGUUUCCCAGGAAUCACUUGAUUAAACCAAUUUCUACAGAUGGCACAUUGUAAUAAUCUUACGGAAAGAAGCAAAAAAUGUUGCUAUUGAUCCCUUCAAAAAGCAGUAAUAAAACGUUUUUUUUAUAUCUUCCCGACUAAUUACACUACACAAAAUAAUAGACUAUUUCUUUUGUUUGUGAAGGAAUAUGAUUUUUCUCCUUGUCAUUAUUAAAUUAUCAGUACAUUAUUUCGUUCA